GUCCCGGGAAAGGCAGUGUUGUUUUUACGUUCUUUGUGAAAGUUGGUUGGCGGUGUGUUCGGGAUUGGGAGGGGGUUCUCGCCCCUUUGGACGGGGAGCCGGAGGCGGAUUAUUCUCUGUGGGGCAACACCAACAAUUUUCCUUCGUUCGACCUGCGGUGAGAGGUCUAUUGGAAGAAAGACCCCAACUGGAAGCAAACCACGGCUGAAGACGGGAACAGCAACAAGUGAACCAGUGCGAGGACUGAGAGCAUCAACUGGAGAGAACGCUCCUGAUUCAGAGUUUCCAUUGAUUCAGUCAGGAGAAAGUUUGGUUAAAAAUGACAAGGAAUUUGUCUAUGGGAAUGUCUAACACAACACACAUGUUUUGCUGUCUCUUUUGAUAUUUAAGAAGUGGAGCAAGGGAUUCACUCGAUUAUCCUUCCUGCUCAGACUGUGGCGAGGGAUUUACUCGGUCAUUUCAAUUGAAGGUACAUCAGCAAGUUCACACUGGGACAAGGCCAUUCACCUGUUCUGUUUGUGAGAAAGGAUUCAGUCGUCUUCCCACCUGUGGACACACUAGUCAGAUCACACUGGGCAGAAGCUCUUCAUCUGCUGAAUUUGUGGGGAAAGAUUCAUUUUGUCAUCUAACCUAAUGGCUCACCAGCGAGUUCACACCAGAGAGCGGCCAUUCACCUGCUCAGACUGUGGGAAGAGAUUCACUCGGUCAUCCCAACUGAAGGCACAUCAGAGAGUUCACACUGGAGAGAGACCAUUCACUUGCUCAGACUGUGGGAAGGGAUUCACUCAGUCAUCCGACCUACUCACACACCAGUCAGUUCACACUGGCGAAAGGCCAUUCACCUGCUCAGACUGUGGGAAGGGAUUCACUCAGUCGUCCGCCCUAAUGGCACACCGACGAGUUCACACUGGGGAGCGGCCGUUCACCUGCUCGAACUGUGGGAAGAGAUUCACUCGGUCAUCCCAACUGAAGGUACAUCAGCGAGUUCACACCGGGGAGAGGCCAUUCACUUGCUCAGACUGUGGGAAGGGAUUCACUCGGUCAUCUAACCUAAUGGCACACCAGCAAAUUCACACCGGGGAGAGGCCGUUCACCUGUUCAGACUGUGGGAAGGGAUUCACCUGCUCAUCCCAACUGAAGGUGCAUCAGCGAGUUCACACCGGGGAGAGGCCGUUCACCUGCUCAGAAUGUGGGAAGAGAUUCACUUGGUCAUCCCAAAUGAAGGUACAUCAGAGAGUUCACACUGGAGAGAGGCCGUUCAUCUGCUCGGACUGUGGGAAGGGAUUCAUUUGCUCAUCCCAGCUGAAGGUACACCAGUCAGUUCACACUGGGGAGAGGCUGUACACUUGCUCAGUCUGUGGGAAGGGAUUCACCCGGUCAUCUCAGUUACUGAGACACCAGUCAGUUCACACUGGUGAGUGGCUGUUCACCUGCUCAGACUGUGGGAAGGGAUUCACUGAAUCAUCUCAACUGAAGGUACAUCAGAGAGUUCACACUGUAGAGAGGCCAUUCACCUGCUCAGACUGUGGGAAGGGAUUCACUCGUUCAUCCGACCUACUGGCACACCAACGAGUUCACACCGGGGAGCGGCCAUUCACCUGCUCAGACUGUGGGAAGGGAUUCACUCGGUCAUCUGACCUACUGGCACACCAGCGAAUUCACACCGGGGAGCGGCCAUUCACCUGCUCAGACUGUGGGAAGGGAUUCACUCGGUCAUCUAAGCUGAAGGUACAUCAGCGAAUUCACACUGGGUAGAGGCUGAUCACCUGCUCAGACUUCGGGAAAAGAUUUUCUCAGCCAAAUCAACCAAGUGUGCAUCAUUGAGUUCUUACCGGGGAGUGUCUGUUCACCUGCUGUGAAUGUGAGAAGCUGGCCAAACCUGACUGGAAGGGGAAUCUGGUAGGAGUGACGACGGAGCAGCAAUGGCUGGAGUUUCUGGGAGCAACUCAGGAGGUGCAUGGUAGAUAUAUCCCAAAGAACUGGAAGCAUUGGAAAGGCAGGAGGACACAACCGUGGCUGAAAUGAGAAGCCAAAGCCAAUAUAAAAGCCAAAGAGAGGGCAAACAAAAGAGCAGAAACUAUUGGGAAGCUUUUAGAAACCAAGAGAAGACAACUGAAAAAAUUGUCGGAUGAGCUCACGGUGUGGAAUUAUGAUAUUGCAGCACCCAACAGUCUGAAGCAUUGAGAGGAACAAAAUACCCAGGGCCUCGAUAUCUCUUGAAAACCAAGGUUCCCUGCACCAGUUAUCUUUCAACUUUUACUUUUGCAGGCACCUACAAACUCUACAUCAUCAAAAUUUCACUUCUGAAGAACUCCCACUCACCAACUAAUUAUGGUAUUUAUCAUAAAUUAUCGAAUUAGUAAAAUUAUAAAUUAGAAAAUUAUCAUAAUUUGCCAGAAAACAGCUUGUCCCAAUCCACACUUGGCAGAUCUUUUCUGACGCCAUCAAAAUUGACCUCUCUCCAAUUUAGAAUCUCAACCCGUGGUCCAGACCUCGCUUUUUCCAUAUUUACUUUGAAUUUCAAGGCAUUAUGAUCACUAAUUUCUGUCAACAGCCCCGGAUCAUUUCCUAAUAGCUUAUUGCACAAGUAAUUGCACAUGCAACUUCUACAUUGGGAAUUCUACAUCCCGAUUAAGGGCACAUUUGACAAACUCUACCCCAACAGUCUUUUUAUGGUAUGGGAGUCUCAGUCAAUAGAUGGAAAAUUAAAAUCACUUAAUAUAUCAAGCUUUGUUUCUUGGCAUGGUCUGUGAUCACUGGAGAAAGAUUUGUUCCUCCAUAUCCCUCAGACUGUUGGCUGGAACCAAGUCCCAGCAAUGGCUACAAUAUCAUAAUACAUGGUCCAUCCAUACUGGUUGUGUGGUGAAAAAAACACAACAGUGCUUCUUUCACCUCAGAACAUUGAAAAGUUUGAAUUGGGGACCUAAAUCCUAAGAACUUUUACAGGGUCACAACUGAGAGCAUUGUGUCUGGCAGUGUCACUGCCUGGUAUGGGGACUGUACUUCCCUCAAUUGCACAACUCUGCAAAGAGUGGUGCGGACAGCCCAGCACAUCUGUAGAUGUGAACUUCCCACUAUUCAGGGCUGUAAAGAGGACCUGAAGGGUCAUUGGGGAUCCCAGUCAGCCCAACCACCAACUGCUCCAGCUGCUACCAUCUGGGAAAUGGUACCGCAGUAUAAAAGCCAGGACCAACAGGCUCUGGGACAGCUUCUUCCACCAAGUCAUCAGACUUAUUAAUUCAUGCAGAUACAAAUGUAUUUCUCUGUUAUGUUGACUGUCCUGUUGUACAUACUGUUAAUUAUAAAUUACUAUAAAUUGCACAUUGCACAUUUAGACAGAGACAUAAUGUAAAUAUUUCUACAGCUCAUGUAUAUGAAGGAUAUAAGUAUUAAAGUCAAUUCAAUUCGAUUCACCCCCUCCAUUAUCUGUUCUGUCAUUCUGGCUCCCUCCCUGCCUGCAACUUUAAAUACCCCACUAGCACUUGCAAGCUUUACUACUAGGAGAUUAGUCCCCUUCUAGUUCUGUUCCCCUAACUAUCGAAUCCCCUAUCACACCUUUGACUUACCUCUGCCAGAUAAUCCCUCCCCCAACAGUUUCGAAAGUGGUCCACCUGUUGUUGUGGGGAAUGGCCACAGGAGUAUUCUACGAUGGCUGUUUAACCUCAUUCCCCUUUCUGACUCUCAAUCAGUUUCCUGUGUCCUGCACCUCGAUGAGGCACACCUCUCUUUCUGUCAUUUCUAUCAGCCCCUCCCACUCCCGGCUGAUCCAGAAUUCAUCCAUUUCAAGUUCCAGCUUCUUAAUGUGCAGGGUUACAAGCUGUAGCUGGAUGCACAUCUUGUAGGUGAGGGUAUCAGGGACACUGGAGGUCUCCCCACCUUCCCACCAGUAUCUCCUCCAAUUUGUAAUCACCAGUGUUCACAAAAACCUUGUGCUGUGCAAAUUUUUGCCCAGUGACAACAACACGUGCACCCUGAAUUUUAUAUAGAGAGAUAUUCAUUUCUACAGCUAGCAAGUCACUGUCAACAAGCACUUUGAUCUCCUCUGGGUUUCACUGACUUCAUCCUCACUCUCACACAGCCAAUGCAACAGGCCUGUAGCAGUACUGAAGGAUUUUCUCGCCAGUGCUUUUGCACACCAUAUAUACAUUGGUAGGCAAAAGUUUGGGCACCCCGGUCAAAAUUUCUGUUAUUCUGACUAGUUAACUGAGUGGAAGAUGAACUGAUCUCCAAAAGUCAUAAAGUUAAAGAUGAAACAUUCUUUUCAACAUAUUAAGCAAGCUUAGUGUAUUAUU